AUUCUUUAUAUAGCAGUUUCUGCUUAUAAUGAUGCUUUAUUUUCCUAAAAAUUAUCAUACUUAUUUGCAUUUUUGGUCUAACAUUAGUUUUAUUCAUUGCGCUCAGUGUUUGUAGUGAAACAUUUCAUCAAAUAUUUACUGAAUUCGUUAGUGAACUUAAAUCACUUACCUACUGGAUUAAUGUUAUUCUGAUCAAAUAAAGCGAAUUAAAUAUUUUGAUGUAGGAGAAGUAUGAAAGGGUCUCAGAUAAAUGUUCUAUGGAUGCCCCACAUAAAGACACAAUAUAAUAAACCAAGUAAUUUUCCUGGCCAAAGUAAAACAAAUAAGCUAUUAGUAUAUCGUAUUUAGUCACAAAACAUGCAGAAAACUAUCAAAUUAUCGAAACAAAAGCUGUCCAUUAACAGUCCUUAUAGACAGAGAAUAAUAACGGACAAACUUUCGGCAUUCUGCAAUGUUGGAACAAGCAAUCAGUGAGAUGAAGGUUUCGUCAGAUGCAAAACCUUUGGAAUAAAAGUUUGUUUAAAUGACACCCAAAGGAUGUGAAUGAUCUCAGGUGAAGAAUGCGGUUUGCAUUUAAAGAAUACUCUGAUGAAUUUGCAUUAAUUAGUGUGAUAAUUGUCUUGUUUCAAAUAUUCUGUCCUAGAUAUUGUAAAACGCAACUUGUCAAAGGAUAAGGCUGAAUUUGCAUACGAAAAUGACACUACUGACUGAAACAACUUAUGCAUUUAUUAACAAUAACUUACAAGAAAAGUCGAUUUCAAAACCAACUUCAACCAAAUAUGAAGUUAUCCCAGAUGAAACGAAAGAAUAUCUACAUAAUGAAACGGUUGCUCAGUUUGCUAAACAACAACCAAAUAAAGGACCAUCAGAAAGAAAACUGAAUUCCAGCAGAAAUUAUUUCUUACGCGCGCGUAAUCCACGCAGCAAUUGUGGUGAUGAUAUACAACUAAGACAUUUUCGUUCAUAUACGCCAGAUAGUAGUCAUGCAUCUAAUAAGAAUGCCUUUCAGAGGAAUACUUCAUUCCCACCGUCAUCAUCACAAUCAUCCUCAUCUUCGUCUCGACAGUUAUCACCAACGACAACUCCAAGAGCCCCACUGUUAGGUACAAAUCAUAAACGUUAUUUAAGCAAAAGUAAAAUGUUUAAGGAUAAUUUAAGGCUGGAGUAUGUUGGCAAUGAUCAGACGCAGAUAUUUCAAGAUCGUUUUGAUGACAACAGACAAACAAAACCGAAUGCAUACAUUUAUAGUUGCAGCAAUCUGACAAACAAACUGCAAAGCCCACCAAUAUAUAAUUUGAAAAUGAAAGCCAGACGAGUUUGGAAUGUUUUUGAGCGUAAAAUAAAUAAUGGUCGAGGGAUGAGUCAAAGUAAAUCAGUUGGAAAUCUACAGUGUACUUCCAGCUCAUUACGCGGUUCUGAUUACUACAUACGCAGUAAUAAAACACAUGGUAUAACCUGUACACAGACAAAUAUACCAGGAACUGACAAAAAAAAAGAAUAUCUUCGUAAUAACCGCGGUGAAUCAGAGUACGAAAAAAUCAUGACCUUCCCCCACUCAAAGUCAUUUGAUACCUCAGUAAAUCUUGAUGAUAGAGGAAAGCGGCACCAAUCUUCCUACAUUACAAAUACUCCUGUAAAUGCAGAAGUAUGUGUUGAAAACCAUCAUUCUGAAAAGUGUACAGAUAAAUGUUGUGGAAUGGAGAAAUUUUCAUAUGUAUUAACACCUUGCAUUAUGCAUUCCAAUGCCAUUCCGAAUAAUCCUAUACAAUGUGGUGAUGAUGAUUUUAUCAGAAAACUGUCAGGUAUUGUUAUCUCGAAAUGUAUGCUUCAAAACCAUUUCCUGGAUAGAUGCAACGGGAGUCAUACAAACCAUAGAGAAUGUCAGCCUCUCAAGAAUAGUUCAGAAAGCCCCGUUUAUAUUUUACCUACAGGAUUACCUAUUCAAGAAGUAAGAGAAGUGACCAUCACGCGUCCGGAUAUAGGUCAGCGAUUUGGAAUGCGUAUAGAAAAAUUUGAAAAGGGGGCAUUUUUGACCACUGUGUUACCUGGUUCGGUAGCUGCACAAGCUGGAUUAAAGAUUGGAGAUGAAAUUUUACAACUGAAUGGUGUUUCAGUACAACCGAUCUCUAUCAACAGUAUCAACCAACUAAUCCGAUCAACACAAUACCACUUAAACAUUGCAUAUCGUCCUAGGACAGUGCUAGCUAAAAUCAGAUAUAUAUCUGUGAAGAAAAUAGAUGGGCGAGUUGGAAUCCGAUUAAAACGAGUGGCUCAGGGACUGUAUGUGGAUGUCGUUCUCCCCAACUCAGCAGCAUCCAAGGCAGGCAUCAAAGAAGGCGAUGAGUUGGUUUGUGUAAAUAAUCAGGUUGUCACUAGCUGGAGUCAAGAAGCAGCCUCAAAGCUUCUCCGUGAAUUGCCAGAUGACGACUUCGUGCUCCUUCAUCUUCGAGAACUACUUCACCCACAUGCUUUCUAUGAUCCAGAGCAGCUAAAUGGACAUGUAAUUAAUUCACCUCUAAGAGAAUGUUAUUCCACGACUUGCUAUCCCACUUUGAAGUCCAAUCUAUCAACAGAUGACUUUAGAAAAUACAAAACAACAAACACUGAUCAGUCUUAUUCCCCUGUUAAAUCAUCAAACAAAGUACCAGCGAAUAAUGCAGAAAAACAAUCACUUCCACCAACUUAUCAUGAGGUCGUCAACCAAACUCUUUGUUCAAAUUCCAAUUCCUAUGAUGUCAGAAGUUUCUCGGAUCGUCCUAACACAGAAUAUGGUCAAAUGUCAUUGGAGUCCUCAAAUAACGAUGAACGAUGUGAAAUACUCCCUUUUAUGUCGCAUACACGUAUUUUGAAUAGUUUUAGUGACUAUUCACUUGGCUGUUCCAAAUGUAUGAUGAAUGAUCAACAAAUUCAAUGAUAUUGUACAGUCAUUUGUAAACUAUCACAAAAUAAAAUUCACUGCUGCACUGUUGCCUGUGUUCUCUUGGACAAGUUUCCUAUAGACAAACCUGAACAUGAAUUUGUAGUUUUCAACAAUGAAACUGUGAGUAAGGGUCUUAUUGUAAACAUUCAUCUCUUAGACUACCUUUCAGUUCAUCAGUGACAUCGGUUUAAACUGUGAUAUGUUAAAAUUAAUUGGUGAGUGAAUAUUGAACAAGCAGAAAUUUGGAUAGAAUGUCAGCUAAUUUCAAAAAACAUGAACAACGAGUAUGGACAUGAAAGAGAACCUAGGACAACGUGAUUCAAGAAAUUUCUCACGGGAUCAAAAAAUUAAUGGUGUCGUCGAGAACUUAGCUUUUGAGGUGUGCGUCGUUGGCACUCAACCAUCUAGAAGAUGGAAUGUUUCUCUAAAUGUUUUACAUCACUUGUACAUUUCCAGGUGGCGUAGAAAUUUAUAACUUGUAGCUCAAAUUGCAAAUGUUCUAGACUUCUUGAUACUUUUUAGAGCUUUCUGGUUUAUGCGGCAGUGAGGUGUAGUAUCGCAUCACUAAUUCUUAAUGCUCCACCUAACUGUUGUGUAAUGGUGUGCUAUUGACUACAAGGUAUCACUUUACUAUUGCGAUUUCUUUUACGUGAAUUCAACAUUGCGCAGUGGAGUGGUAGUGUGCCUUUGAACUGUUUAUGGGAAGCGUGUUUAGAAUUAUCAUAUACAUAAGUACUUUGCAUCGUUUUAACCCACAGCAGCUUAAUUCCGAAGUUGUCAGUUAUUAUUUAAAAAAUAUUAAUUAUCCCAACAAGUUUCAUCUGGUAACUGAUAUGAUGUGAAACUACAAUAUCUAUUACAGGUGUUUUCUACAUGUUAAUCACUUCCGUACAGAACAUCAUUAAAAAUGGGCGUUUACUGUUUAUGAAACUGUUGUCAU